AUGCCGAUCCCUUGUCCGCCGGGUAGAGGUGCCCUACAAGAAGACCAGAUGUCUUUGUUCAAGCCCCUGUGCAAGUACUGUGCCACUGUUACCAAAGUGCGAGAUAUCGCCCCCACCCUCCGUACAGCUAUGCAGGUUGCGCAGUCUGUCACGCCAGGGCCCUGGUUUGUUGAAUUCCCUAUUGACACCCUGUAUCCAUAUGAGCUGGUUGCCAAGGAGGUAGGAGCCAAGAGCAAGGCAAAGGGGCUCAUGCCAAUGAUUGUCAACUGGUAUCUACAGAACUACGUGGACGACCUGUUUGCAGGAGCCUGGGAGGCAAGGGAAACCACUCCACUGGCUGUAACCAUCCCGCAUGCAUCCAGCUCGCAGAUCCAGAAAUGUAUUGAAAUUGUGUCUCGAGCGAAGAAGCCUGUGAUAUUGCUGGGGUCUCAGUCCACCUUGCCUCCGACACCCAUAGAUAAACUGAGAGAAGCUCUGGAAGCCAUGGGUAUCCCAUGUUUCCUGGGAGGUAUGUCACGGGGCUUAUUGGGACAGAACAGCGACAUACAGAUACGUCAGAGGAGGGGAGAUGCAUUGAAGGAGGCUGAUGUAGUCAUCCUUCAAGGGGCAGUGUGUGACUUCCGUUUGGGCUAUGGUCGUACACUUAGCAGGAAAUCCAAAAUCAUUGCUGUCAAUCGGAACAAGGAGCAACUUCUAAAGAAUUCAGACAUGUUUUGGAAGCCGACAGUAGCAAUCCAGGGCGAUGUAGGAGAGUUCAUUAUGGGACUGGCUGCAGGUCUGAAGGGCUAUAAGUGUGACCCUGAAUGGCUGAACUCCCUAAGGGGCAGGGACCAGGAAAAGGAGGAUGCUAACAGGCAAAAGUGUAGUGAGGUCACAGACCAGCACCUCAACCCUGUGAAAGUUCUGCAUGUUGCAGAGGAAGUGAUGUCAGAUAACACCAUCAUGGUGGCAGAUGGUGGGGACUUCGUUGGGACCGCUUCUUACAUACUCAAACCUCGUGGUCCACUGAGAUGGUUGGACCCAGGGGCAUUUGGUACUCUGGGGGUGGGGGGAGGAUUUGCCCUGGGGGCCAAACUGGUCCGCCCAGACUGUGAUGUGUGGAUAAUCUAUGGAGAUGGGUCCCUUGGCUACAGUGUGGCAGAGUUUGAUACCUUCACUAGACACAAGACACCUGUGAUAGCGUUGGUGGGUAACGAUGCAGGAUGGACCCAGAUUUCCAGAGAGCAGGUGCCCAUGUUUGGCAGCAACGUUGCCUGCCAGCUAGCGUACACAGAGUACGAGACAGUUGCCAUUGGCUAUGGAGGCAAAGGUUUGUGCCUGGAUAGGAAAAAUGAGGACAAGAUGGCAGACGUUCUGAGGGAGGCACUGCGGCAGAGCAGGAGUGGUCACAGUGUCCUCGUGAACGCCUUGAUCGGGAAAACCAACUUCCGGGAGGGCAGUCUAUCAGUUUGAGAGGCAAUGUGUGGACAUAUUUCUGUGCUGAUCAAAGGCUUAUCUGUCAGCAUGUGUCUGUUAUAUAUGACCUGUGCUUGUGUAUGCAAAGCAUUUUGAGUUGUUGUUUUGUUGGGUUUUUUUGUUAUCUAGAAUUUCAUUUUUUUCACAAUUGCAUUUGAAAAUACAUUAAGCACAAUUCUGAGUAAAAUUUUGUUACAUAUAAGUACUUAAGUGUUAUUUAGACUUAAGUGUUAUUUAGGAAAAGUUAAACCACAUAAUUUUCAUUUAGUUUAUAAUAUAUUGAACCUUUACAACUUAAUUGAAAAACAUAUGUAUGAGCGGCUAUUUGAUGCUUUGCAAAAACUGCUCCUGUUGUCAUAUGGUUCUACAUAACAGUGAAUGUUACAGUAAAUGAGAAUGAUGAUCAUGGUUUGAUGAUUGCUUUUGCAAUAGCUGAGAUGUUAAAUGUUCCUUUUUAGUUUAGAUUUUGUAAUGGUGACCAAAAAUAGUUGUAUUCAUAACAUGUUUGUAUUUAUACAUUUUAUUUAAUCAUUAAGUGUACAUGUUUAUUGAUCCACAAAUGAAAUAAUAAACCUGGAAAUCCA